CAGCCUGGAGCUGGCAGGGACUUCAGUCUGAGCUCCCCCCCGCACUCCAGCGGAGCGCACCUCGCAAGGCCGGCUCUAGGUUGUGGAAUUGUGAUCUCAAGGGUGCCAGCUGUGGGGAUCUCACUGCUGUUCUCAGAACCAGCCGGAGCCUGAUGGAGCUGGAGCUGCGUGAUAAUGUUUCUCUGGGAGAUUCUGGACUGCAGCUUCUGUGUGAGGGACUGAAACAUCCAGAUUGCAAACUGCAGAGACUGGGGUUGGGGCAUUGCAGUCUCACAGCUGCUUGUUGUGGGGAUCUCUUCUCUGCUUCCAGCACCAGCCAGUGCCUGACAGAGCUGGAACUGGAGAAUAAAAAACUGGGAGAUUCCCAAGUGCAUCUGCUGUGGGAGGGACCUCCAGACUGCAAAAAGCAGAAGAUACAGUUGCCGAGUUGCGGUCACACAACUGCCUGUUGUGGGAAUCUCUCUUCUGUUCUCAGCACCAGCCAGACCCUGACAGAGUUAGACCUGAAGAACAACACCAUCAGAGAUUCAGGCGUGCAGCUGCUGUGUGAGGGACUGAAACAUCCCAACUGCAAACUACAGAAACUAGGAUUGGAGAAAUGCGAUUUCACAGCGGCGUGUUGCGGGGAGCUCUCCUCCGCUCUCAGCACCAGCCCGACCCUGGCCGAGCUGGACCUGCGGGAGAACAAACUGGAAGAUUCCGGAGUGAAGCUGCUGUGUGAGGGGCUGACACAGCCAGCCUGCAACCUGCAGAAACUGGUCUUGUCCAAGUGGCAUGUAACCAAAGAAACACAGGCAGAGCUGGAUGCUGUGAAAAAGAUAAAACCUGAUCUGGUCAUAGAGAGAUAGCAGAGCUUGUGAGCGGGAGAUACUGCACCAUUGUGGGUCUGGUUUGGCUGGCCUGCCCCCAGCUGGGGCAACAGCUUGGGGACAGAUGGACACUUGCCUCUUUUUGAGAGAAUCCCUGCCAUCCCCUGGGACUCCCAACAGCGUAUUUCAGCUAGGUAGGGAUUGUCAGGGCCAACCCUCCUGCAUGAGAAUAAGAGACAGGAGUAGGAGCUGGAUUUGCUCUGCUUUUGGUCUGACCUUGGUGGGGGAAGUUGGAUUGUGGGGGGGAGUGAGCAAGAUGGAGGAAGGGGGUCAGGACCCAGGAGAGGGAGAGAUGUGGAAAAUUGAUGGAGAGAUCUGGUAACUGCCCCUGUUCAGUCUGUCAGGGCAGGGGGGGAGACUCAAGAACCAGUCAGAAAUUUCCAUUCUGUUCCAAUAGCUCAGUCACUAUUUGUAUAUUUACAAGGGGGUUUGUAGUUUUUCACAAUCCCUCAGCUAUUAAAUCGGGAUUUCCUGUGUCUGUCUCCAACAUUUUAUUUAUCCCGGGUGUACAUUUGUGUCAGUUUUGCUGGAGUCCAGUAAAGAUCAUGAAUCAAGAAAUAAUGCUUCCCUUCAGUGUUUGUAUUUCUUGUGAUAGUUGUGCUAAUGCACAAGAACUCUUACCUUCUUCAGGGCUACAGGAGUCCUCAGGGACAUUUUUUCAUGGUCCCAGGUUCUUAUCCAAUACAGUCAACACUGUCAGAAGAUUUUUCAUGGAAAAUGUCCAUUUAGGCAGCUAGAAGAGGGCUUGUUUUUUUCCUCUCGGGGCAUUCCCAGCUUUUUCCAAAAGGUAAAAGGUCUCUGAAUGCCCAAUGAGUGGAGAACAAAGGCUUAGGAU